CUCUGUCCUUACUAUUCUCUCUGCUGGAUCAGAGCUAGAGAAGCGCAGACCAGAGGGUGAUGGGAACAUCUAGCCCCUAACCAUGGGCCCAGAAGAAACUCCUGCCGUGACAGAAAAGACUCCUGCCAUGACAGAAAAGACUCCCGCCAUGACAGAAAAGACUCCCGCCAAGACAGAAAAAACUCGCGCCUUGACAAAAACAUCUGCAGCGGUGCUCCUUCAAGCCUGGUGGCGUGGCACCCUGCUGCGACGCUCGCUGCUGCAUGCGGCCCUCAAAGCGUGGAUCAUUCAGUCCUGGUGGAGAAGGAUGUUGGUGAAGUUGUGGGAACUGAGGCGGCGAGGGAUUCUGGAGGUGUACGCUAAAAAAACAUGGGCAACGGUCAAACUUCAGUCCUGGUACCGGAUGUGGCGCAUCCGCCAACGAUACUGUCGUUUGCUAAAUGCUGUCCGUAUCAUCCAGGUUUAUUGGCGUUGGCAUAGUUGUCACACUCGCGGUUUUAUCCAGGGCAACUAUGAAAUCAAAGAAAACCAACUGAAUAUUCAACUUGAAAUUUCCCUGGGCUCACAGGCUUGCAAGGUGCAGCAAUGUAUAAACCUACCAAUAAAAGAGUGAUCAGGUCUGCUA